AUAAUAACAAUGAUAACAUGUAAUUGGAAAAUUCAAUAAAGAAAUAUUGAUUUAAAUAAUUGAAUUACGCGAUUUUAAUACUGUUAAGGGUAGUUAGUUGGUAAUCACAAUGGCUCAAGAGGUAGUAAAAAGAGGAGGGUACACAUACGAAGAUGGAACGAAAUAUUAUGGAGAUUGGAAUGCACGAGGAUUGAAACAUGGUGCGGGUUCUAUGGUAUUACCUGAUGGAACUCGAUACGAGGGAGGUUUCCAAAAUGGUUUGUGCUCCGGGCUCGGAGUUCUUAUUUUUCCUGAUGGCGCUAAGUACGAAGGAGAAUUUAUGCAAGGUUGGUUUCAUGGUCAUGGCGUAUUUUGGCGUUCUGAUGGUAUGAAGUUUGAAGGUGAAUUUCGUGGUGGAAGGAUUUGGGGUUUAGGACUUGUUACAUAUUCUGAUGGAACGCAUGGUUUUCCAAGAAACGAAGGAUUUUUCCAAGAUUGUCGCUUAGUCCGACGACGCCGAUGUCCAGAAGUUAUUUUGAAAGCUCAGAAAAUAUCUAUGUUAGCACGAGCUCAAGCAUCUUGAAUACAUUAAAAAAAUAGUCAUCUAUUAUAAUAUAUAUCCUAAUAAGAAACAUUGUUCUUAUCUAUGAAUGACAUCAGUCCAAAUUUUUGAUUCGAUUAUAUUGUGAUAGUAUUGUAUUAAAUAUUAAUAAAUACGUUGUUGUAAGA